ACAGAGAGAGAGAGACAGACAGAGAGAAAACAGGAGGACGGACUGAGAGAAGGAGAAAAGGAGAGAUAGAGAGCGGCUUCUAACCGACAGCAGAGCUCGGAGGAGGAGGGAUGGGCUGCAGCCACAGCAAGAGGAAAAGCAAAGGCAAGAAGGGAGAGAAGAACCAGAAAGCCCAGAGCCGCCGACAUGACGCAGGUACCCGUGUGUCUGGUGGUCCUGACGUCUGUCUGCAGAAGCAGCUGGAGCGCUUCGAGUGGCAGCUGAGGAUCUUAAAGGAGGCCGGAGGGAACUCGGAGCGCGCCGAGCUGCUGAAGGCCCACGCUGAUGAAGAGGUGUGCGCCCUCGUCCUGAGCAUCCUCAACAAGGUGAAAACGGAGACGACGGCUGACUUGAACGUCCUGCAUGAACAGAAAAGUAAAACUGCUACUGAAGAACACAAGAGAAAUGUGGAAGAGCUGCAGAAGAAACACGAACAAGAGAAAACUGAACUGACAGAAAAGUUUCAAGCUGCUGAGAACAUCCUCAAGGGUGAAGUGGAUCAGCUGACGGCAGAUCUGCAGGUUUACACCGACCUGAAGAGGAGAGUCAAAGAGUCGACGUUUAAGAAGGACCUGCAGAGGAAUAUUCAGGCCCAUGGCAGCCCAGGUGCAUUCUGGGAGUCUGAGCAGGAGUCACUGCUGUUUGUGAUCGAGAUGAAGACUGAGCGCGUGCAGGAGCAGAGCAGGAAGCUGCAGCAGAUGGACACUCUGAUGGAGAAGAAUCAGUCUCUGGAGGACCAGACGGUCUACAUCCUGCAGCAGAACGAGGAUCUCAGAGUCCGGAUAGACAACUGCCAGACUCUCAUUCAGCAAUUUUCCAAGGAGCAGCAGGACCUGAAGGGGGCGCUGGAGCGGCAGGCGCUGAUAAACCAGAAUCUUUCUCAGGAAAAAGAGCAGCUGAUGUUCAAACUGAGACACAGAGACUCGUGUCCCAGCAUGCACCUGCCCGCCAUGAUGCAGGAGAUCGCUCCCAGAUGAUCGCACAGAUCCUCGCAUCGCCGUACAUAGAAACCAGACUUGUUUUUUUAAACUCAAACUGGGCUACAGCCCCCUGUGUUACAGAGAGAAACGCUUAGGGUCCUCACAGCUCUGCAGCUCUGGGCCCCCCUUCUAGGGCUCCACGUUGGAUCCUGUCUUCAUCCAUACAGAAAAACCACAAGGCUGAAUAUGUCACAGUGUACAGACUGAACUCAUGAAGUGGCGCGUGUAUGACAACGGCAAUUCGUAUGCCAUUUUGGCGCGUCAUCAAGACGCAUAAUCGCUUUUUAGCGUGUUUAGCAACGUGGUUUCGGCCCCCAUUGACUUACAAUACGUGUGAAUUAUUGCCGUGGCGAGUAUUGGUUGGGGUGGAGGUUGGGUAAAACACAGGACUUGCACCCAGGAUCGCAUCCCUCAUGUUUUAAGCCUUCCCCCAAUGUUUCUUUCCUAAACCCAACUGUUUAUUGUUUUCCUAAGCGUGUGACGUUGGUUACUGUCGUGUUUUUGUCGUUUUUUUGUGUGUUACUAAAGCCUUUCCCAAUGUUCUUUCCUCUUUUUGUUUUUACACACGCGCGUGACGUUCUCGUGAUAACACACUGUAGUGUGUAUGUUUACGUCCGCUGUAUACAGCGUAGACGUACACGUGGAUAGCUUAAAAUGCGUACAGAUAACGCGCCAUUUGGCUUCAGGAAAGUGCCGUGGAUGUUUACGCGAAGUUGUGAUGCCGUGUUGCUGUGUACCUGAAACUCCACCGGUAAACGUUCUCAUGCUAAGAUGCAUCUGAGCCGUUUUUUAAAGCUGAACAACAAGGUGCUUCACACUGAUUCUGGACCCCCAGAGAACCCAGAAAUGGACCAUCAACGGCUGAGGAGGCUAACCCUUUUAGCUAAAGCCUAAGCCUUUGAGCGUGAUGUGUAUCCGGCCAUCAAGACUUGUGAAAGUCAGCCAGAGACGGUGUUUUUAACCAACUCCUGGAGCUACCGUUAGCUUAAUUUUAAAGAUGAUUGUUUUUACAUAGUCUGAAUCAACGGAUGUACAUUUCCACGAUAAAGCCGGAUGUCGAUGUCGGGCUUGGGCCCCUCUCCUCCCUUUCUCUGUGUGUUGCUGUUCUCAAACCCCCAUUCACCACGGAAACGGCAACAUCAAAGUUUGAGCUAGCGAGCUACACGCUGAAAAUGUCAAGUUUAGAAGAACUUGUGGACGAUGCAACAAGUCAGGUCUGCUUGGUUCUUUCAGGGAAUGAUUGUAAAGAUUUACUAAGAAUAUGUUUAGGGCAUUUCCUCUCUAGCGAUUGGUGGGAUUGCUGUGGACGAAGUACACACUAGAGCAGGGGUGUCAAACUCAACUUCUUUUCUGGUUUUCCAUUUUGAAUAAAAACGACUGCGGUACCUGCCAACAGCUACUUUAUUUAGUACCACCAUGUAGUGAAAAAACGCCAUUAGUGAAGUUGAGUUUGACACCCCCGUGCUGAAGAGUUUAAAGUGCCCAUAUUAUGAAAAAAUCUCC